AUCGGUGCUAAAUUUUGGAAAAAUAAUUCAAGGGAAGCAAAAAAUCCGAAUUUUUUAAAAAAAAUGGAAAUGUUCGUAUUGGCCCUGGCCAUUGUGAUCUUCACAGUGCUGUUCUUUAAGGGCAUAAAGAUCUUCAAUUAUAUUGAUCAUGUUGCUGGGAUAAUGGAAAUGAUACCCGGUCCCACACCCUAUCCAUUUGUGGGUAACCUCUUUCAAUUUGGUUUGAAGCCGGAUGAAUAUCCCAAGAAAAUUUUACAAUAUUGCCGGAAAUAUGAUUUUCAAGGCUUCCGUUCAUUGGUUUUCUUUCAAUAUCAUGUCAUGUUAAGUGACCCAGCAGAAAUUCAGAACAUGCUCUCCAGUUCAUCUUUGCUCUACAAAGAACAUUUGUAUUCAUUCCUGCGUCCAUGGCUGGGUGAUGGUCUCCUAACGAGCUCCGGUGCCAGAUGGCUUAAGCAUCAAAAGCUGUAUAUGCCCGCCUUUGACAACAAAGCUGUGGAGGGCUAUAUGCAGGUGGUGAAUAGGACGGGUAAAAAAUUCACCCACAAAUUGCGGCAACAUGCCGACGAUGGGGAGGUAUUUGAUAUUCAGGAGAUUGUGAGGAAAUGCACGCUGGAUAUUGUGUGUGAAAAUGCCACUGGUGUGCCCAGCAACUCCUUGGAUGACCAGCCAUCAAACAUGCAUGCCGCCAUUGCUGACCUGUGUGAUGUCAUACAGGAGCGUACCUUUAGCAUUGUCAAGCGGUUCGACACCCUGUUCUAUAUGACACCCUACUAUGGCAAGCAGCGUAGGGCCUUGAGGGCGCUGAAAACGGAAAUGAAUCGGAUUGUCGAACAACGGCGGGCCCAACUAAAGGCUGAGGGCAAUGUCAAGCCUGCCGAUAAGGACGAAUUAAAACCAUUUUUAAAUGUCCUUCUGAAUGCCAAAUUGGAUGGCAGAGAAUUAAAAUUCCGUGAAAUAUUUGAAGAGCUGUCCACAUUCAUAUUUGCCGGUCAUGAUCCUACCGCAGCUGCAAUGUCAUUCACCCUGUACACCCUCUCCCGCCAUCCGGCCAUACAGCAGAAAGUCUACGAGGAACAACAGAAAAUUUUCGCCGGACAAAAGGGACAGGAAUUCAAAGAGGCUGUGGCCAAAAUUGAAGAUCUGAAUAAGAUGUCGUAUUUGGAAAUGGUGUUGAGAGAGACAUUGCGUUUGUAUCCUUCGGUGCCAUUGAUUGCCAGAACCAAUCGCAAGGCAAUCGAUAUAAAUGGCACCAAGAUUGCCCGCCGUACCACGGUGAUCAUGUGCCUCAUUGCCAUGGGCUAUAAUGAGAAAUAUUUUGAUAACCCUUGUGAAUUCCGCCCAGUACGUUUUGCCAAUGCCAGCGAUAGGGAAAAUAAAGGUAUUGAGGCCUUCAAGAGUGUACCCUUCAGUGCUGGACCCAGGAAGUGUAUAGCCGAAAGAUUUGCCACUUUGGAACUGAAAUCCUUACUCUCUCAGGUGAUCAGAAACUAUGAAAUCCUACCAGCCAAGGAUGGCUUAACGGCUGGCAUCAAUGACCAUUCCCGCAAGGGUUGUGUACCGGAGAGUGAUUACGAUCCCAUAUUGAAUAUUAGAGUUACUCUGAAAUCUGAAAAUGGCAUUUUGGUGAGAUUGAAAAAAAGGAAUUAGAAUCCAAAAAAAA